AUGGCUCCAGAAGUUCAUGUCUAUCAUGAAAACAGCAGGAAAAAUGGCUGGUCUUUACCUCCACAUCCUCUACAAUUCGUAGCCUGGAUUGUGGUUUUAUAUUUUAUACUGAUAUAUUUUACAACAUUAGUUCCAGCCUUAAUAUCAGAAUGGCAACCAGCAGCAUAUAUCAUCAAUGCUUUAGGCUGUGCAGUACAUAUAAUCAGCCAUUUUGUAGCAGCAACCAUCAAUCCAGCAGAUCCUGCUGUAUUAAAGAAGAUAACUGAUGGACCUACAGGAAAGUUUGAUAGAAAGAAACAUCCCCAUGUGAUAGAGAACCAGUACUGUUAUUUAUGUGAAGUACAUGUGGGCCCGAAGUCCAAACAUUGCAGUGGAUGUAAUAAAUGUAUUGGAGGUUUUGAUCAUCAUUGUAAAUGGUUAAAUAAUUGUGUAGGAAGUCGAAACUAUAGGUUAGUUAACUUAUUCUGCAGGGAUUUGAAGUGA